GAAUCCCGGAAGCUCCGACAAUGGUUGAUGGGAUGUGUUACUACCCCUUCCGCGGCUCUGGUAGUCGUUCCCCAGCUGUAGUCCGCUCAUUGUGAAGCCCUCAAAAUGAAUUUAGAAGACGUCCACGAACGACUAUGUCAGAAAUCUUGAGGUGUCUCCUUUUCCAUCUUCAUGCCUACACACACCUUCCAAACCACAUGCUGAUCCUGAAGUCAUGCAUCAAAGCAUGUCAAGUUAAGGAUUGAACAUACUAGGCAGGAUGCACUCUUCCAACCACCGACUUCGAGAUAUGGAGCAGCACCACCCGUUGCUGUCAGCGGGUAGCGACGUGGAGUCAGGCGGCCUGGCGGCCGGAGUGAUGGUCGGCGGCGCCCAUGCCGACCACACGGCCGGGAACCGCACGCUGUGGUUCAUCCAGGACAGCUGCGGUAUGGUGUGCGCCAGCAUGACUUGGUUCCUGGUGCUGUAUGCCGAAUUUGUCGUCAACUUUGUCAUGCUGCUACCCGCCAAGAACUUCUGGUACUCUUUGCUGAACGGCGCCACUUUCAACGCUCUCGCCGUGCUCGCUCUGGCUUCCCACCUGCGUACCAUGUUGUCCGAUCCGGGCGCAGUUCCGAAAGGCAACGCAACCAAGGAGUAUAUGGAGAGCUUGCAGCUGAAGCCCGGUGAGGUCAUCUACAAGUGCCCAAAGUGCUGCAGUAUCAAGCCCGAGAGAGCGCACCACUGCAGUAUUUGUAAAAGAUGCAUCCGAAAGAUGGAUCAUCACUGUCCCUGGGUCAAUAACUGUGUGGGAGAAAAGAAUCAGAGAUUCUUUGUCCUUUUCACUAUGUACAUAGCAUUGAUUUCCGCUCAUGCGCUUGGCCUCAGUGGUAUGCACUUUUUCACGUGCAUUAAAGUGCAGUGGAGCGAGUGCAGCGAAUUCUCUCCCGGGGUCUCCGUGCUACUACUGAUAUUCCUUUGUCUUGAAGCCAUCCUCUUCCUCACUUUCACUGCUGUCAUGUUCGGUACGCAGCUCCACUCCAUCUGCAACGACGAGACGGAGAUUGAACGUCUUAAAAACGAGAAGCCCACCUGGGAGCGUCGCACCAGAUGGGACGGAAUGAAAGCCGUGUUCGGCGGUCCGCCCUCCCUGCUGUGGUGCAACCCGUUCACGGGACUGCGUCUGCGUCGCCUGAAGCACUUGACCCAAGCUCGCCGACCCGGGUCCGAGUUUUCCGUCUGAGGACACGGAGCGCCUGUAAUGAGACUCUAAAGAAGGUGACGGGAUGGACGCGAGUUCACCUGGGGCUGGCCUUCCUGCGUGGUGCUCUGGUGGGACUGCAGGACGUCCGCCACCUCCACUGCCUGUCCAUACUCACUCCCAACAUCAACUGGAAGAUUUUUUGCUUUGUGUGGUGACGCAUGCACUGUAUAACUCUUGGUGAGACUUUUAUUCCUUUUGGGACCAUCAACUCCUGCUCUCGUGGCGCACACGGCUUUGUGUUUCUGUUCCUUUUUUGUUUUUGCCAUCCUGAUGAGAUUCCAAAUAAAUAUUUGACAUUGGGGGCGAGCGGCAUUGUUGCAGAGCUUAAUGGAAGAGCCACACAAAAGACACGCGCUACUCGCACGACACUUGAGCGGGUCUCGCGCGCCAGACGAGUGGAAGUGUGCUGCUUUGAUUUGCAUGUGUGCAAUCAGCCUCAGCCGCUCCAGACUGAUGAGGCUUUUUUAUUGUCUGCAAAAGGAGGACCAGAUUGUCCAUAACAAGCCUUCCCCAGGGAUGAAUGGCUUUUUGCCAUGUUUUGUUCUGCCUCAUUAUUAUUUAUCUGGAUUGUUGCUUGAGCCAGUAGAUAAUGUGUUUUUUUUAUGAAUAUGACUCACCCAAAACAGUUUUUGGGAAGUCAAGUUUCAUCUUACCUAAACUGGUUUGACAAAAGGCCCAGAGAAUCAGCAUCCCAAACUGCUGUCAAAGUGGCUCCAUCUUGUGGAAACCAGAAUGCUCGUGUGUGUGCAGAAGAGCUGACAGCAUUUCAGAAAGCCUUGCAAGCCUUCUGCAACAGCAAAUUUUUGGAGCCCGGUGGCUUCGCAUUGUAUCAUGCGGUGUGAUGACGAGGACCCACAAGCACAGAGUGUCGUUGGCAAGGGCCGAUCUGUCAAAUUGCAAAACUGCUUCUGCUUAGCACGUUCAACGACUCGCCUCUACCAUUAGUAUCAGGCCUGAAAACAAGCAAAUAUUUUCCGGUGUUUUUAGAACACUUAAUGCACAAUGUCAUCCUGUGAGGUGAAUUUAUAUACAUGAAUGAUGGUUUCCCCUCAUGUUAUUUGUCUUUCCAUUAACUAAUACUUUUUCGCACUGGAUAAAUAUGGCUUGAGUUCAGAUUUUAAAGUGUUCCCUUUUGUGGUUGGCAGGGGAAGGUGUCUUUCUUCCUUGCUGUUUACACUACAAAUGGUUUGCUACAUGGAAGCUAUGUGACGAAUGUAAAAACACUGGCACACAGAACAAACUUAUCAGGGGAGUUUUAUUCACACAGACCUCAUUUCUCUUGCUCUCCAAGCAACCAUUUUGUUCUGAUUUGAUGCUGUCAUAUCUUUUAACUCUAAAUGUUUUGCAGUUAUCUCUUAAAAGUAUCAGCCCCAAGGUGGUGUAGCGUAAAUGGGAAUGAAGGCCAGCUGAGCAUGAGUCAAGUCUAAGCCCAUAUGAUCUGUCCCACCAUUCAAAUCUGACAACAAAUAUAAUCUCGGAGGAAUUGUUAUAAAGAAAAAACCCUGAAAACAUUCAGUUCAUUAAUGCGCAUAAUGCAGGACUGGAAUAAGAUUUUCCCUCAAAAUCAAACAAUUGUUACAGAGGUGGUUGUGGGAAAAGCAGUAUGUUGUCUAUUUUAUAUGAGCUUGUCAAGUAGUUGAUGAUUGAGUAGUUUUGGCUGAGAAUAAUCAUGUAUACAGUAGGACAGUGCCGUGUAUGUUGAUGAUGUAAAUUAUAUUGUCAUCUUAAAACAAUGGAAUAAGUCAUUUUGAACCCUACCCCCUCCCAAACAAAAGACUUCUCUUUUUUUUGCCUUAAACAUCUCUGCUAAAACCAGCUACAUCCUUUGUGUGUGUAAACAGAAUAGUCAAUUCUACCCUGAAAUGAAAUUAUAAAAAGUGUUUUAAGUUUUUUUAUGUUGCUGGAAAAAAAAUACAUGCCAUUAUUUUGGGAAGGUGAUGAAACAAUGGAAGCCUUUACAGGUUUGGCGUAAUCCACAUGGUGUUAUUAUCACCAUUAUUAUUAUUGCUGGUAGUAUUUUUAAUUUCUACAUUACACUACAGUGGCAUCACUGGAUUGUUUCACUCGGACACGAUGCCGAAUGAAAUUUAUUUCCCCAUUCUUUUGAGAAUGUGCCCUUAAGAUCAAGUCCUUCGGCAUUUAUGAGCGUAAAGGUUUCUAUGAUCAUGGUAUAAAUUGAAUGUUCUGAGGUUGCUUUUUUUGUUUUCUUUUUAAUUCAAUAUAUCUGCCAAUCUUAUGUCAUGUUCAAUGUCCUUUUAAAUAAACAUUUAAAUAAGGAUGCC